AUGGCGCUCUUUAAUAAGAAGCAAAGGCUCACAUUAGCCUCGUUUACAGUCAUCUAUAUCCUCCUCCUUCUCUUCUGCCGAUUUAACUCCGCUCGCGACCCAGGAUCCGCUUUCUUUCAGCCAAGAGCAGGUUAUCGGCCGCAGUACAGUCUCAAACGCAUCGACGAAUCGCUGCAGUUCCUCUCUACAUUGAAUCAAUCUGCCGCACUCACGCAGGAUUAUUAUCCCCGAAACCGAAGCGCCCCGAUUCGCAAUGUGGAUGUCUGUGUGGGCAUUGUCACAGUGAAGCGCCCGCUACGUCAAAAUCUGGACACAACCAUUGGUUCUAUCCUGGACAACCUGACAAAGGAGCAGCGCUCUACUCUGGCCGUUCAGGUGUUAUUCGCCCUCACUAAUGCUACAGACCACCCCAACUACCAACACUCAUGGGUCCCCAACGCCAUAGACCGUAUUCUUACGUACGAGGAUUUCCGCAAACAUAAGACCGUCUUGCGUCGUUUGGAGACGUUGAAGAAUAUCAAGAAGAAGUCGCUCAUUGACUAUCGACUUUCACUCCAAUCAUGCUACGAAGACACGGACGCCCCCUGGUUCAUGAUGCUGGAAGACGAUGUGCUGGCACACAGAGCAUGGUACAAGCAUACUAUGGAGAGUAUCCGGAAGAUUGAUGGCUGGAAGAAAAGCGGGCUCAUCAACGACUGGCUGUAUCUGCGGCUAUUUUAUACAGAGAAGUUUCUGGGAUGGAACAAGCAGCAUUGGCCUAUUUAUUUGAGCUGGAGCGUGGUUAUUGUCUCCCUGAUCGCCUCCAUGGGUCUCUACGGACGACGGAGAUUCCAUCCACUGCGUCAGAUCCUAACGAACCAGUUCCUCGCCGUCAUUUGCUUCAUCUGCGUGCCACUGCUGAUUGGCCUCUUUUUCAUGUCCGGUCGAGUGACAGUCCGUCCGAUGAAGCCGGGUAUCCAUUUAAUGAACCGAAACGGCUGCUGCUCGCAAGCUCUUGUUUUCCCGCGAGAGACAAUUCCCGACCUGGUGGAUCGCCUGGAGGACAUGGAAGAUGAGCGGCGUCCCAAGGCCGUGGAUACUGUCAUUGAACGAUUGGGCAACGAAUUAAAUUACGAUCGCCUAGCAAUUUCACCUCCGUUGAUGCAACAUGUUGGCGCCGCCUCAUAUAAGCAAGAUAAAAAGAAAUGGAACGGAGAAUACCCCGUGCGUGGAGCCCAUGGAGUAUGGAGUAUGGAGUUCGAAAGAGCACAUGAUCAAGGGAUAAUAAUGGACGGCCUUACGGAUGCCUUUUGGUCCAGUGAUUGA